AUGUAUCUCUUGAGAUUAUUGAGAAGUCGUCUAAAUCUUCGAUAUCUCUUUUUUUCUCAACGAAGAAAAGUAACUAAAAAUGUGGUGUCGGAAACGAAAUAUGAAUUAUAUCGUUUGGAGAGCGGACCCUCAGAGAAAAUGACAAUGAACGAAGAAGAAGCGACUUACGCGUUGAAAACGAUGAUCUACAUCAGACGAAUGGAAAACAAGGCGGCGGAAUUAUAUAGAUUGCGCUUGAUCAACGGUUUCCUUCAUUUAUAUUCUGGUCAGGAGGCAGUAGCCGUCGGUACAAAGAUGUCAAUAAUGGAAAAGGACAGUUUAAUCACAGCUUACCGAUGUCAUGGUUUCGCAGUGGUAUUCGGUACAUCGGCACGAGAAAUAUUCGCGGAGCUGAUGGGUCGUAGGACUGGAAUUUCGAAAGGAAAAGGUGGAUCUAUGCAUAUGUACGGGAAUCAAUUUUUCGGAGGCGACGGGAUCGUCGGCGGUCAGAUACCGGUUGGCGCUGGGUUGGGAUUCGCUCAAAAAUACAACGGCACGGGUGGAGUUGCUUGGGCAUUUUACGGGGAUGGUGCUGCGUCUCAGGGUCAAAUCUACGAAGCAUACAACAUGUCGAAAUUAUGGAAUCUGCCGGUGGUAUUUGUAUGCGAAAAUAAUAAGUACGCGAUGGGAACGGUAGUGCAGAGGCAUUCGGCUAACACCAACUUCUAUACGCGAGGAGAUCUAAUUCCAGGGGUGAAGGUAGAUGGCAUGAGAGUGAUGGAUGUUCGCGAAGCUGUGAAAUUUGCUAGAGACUACGCUCUUAGGAACGGUCCGAUUCUUCUUGAGAUGGUCACCUAUCGGUACUUUGGUCACAGCAUGAGCGAUCCUGGCACCUCUUAUCGUACCAGAGACGAAGUGAAGAAAAUACAAGCUGAACGAGAUCCUAUCGAGUUAUUGACCAAACUGCUCGUGGAGAAUGGUGUGAAAACUGAAGCGGAAAUUCUUGUAAGACCGCACGCGCGUGUCCGCCUCACAUUCCGUCCGUUACUCUUUCCUCUUCUUUUCACUCUCGCUUGAUCCCAACCCACUCCCUGUGCAUUAGGAAAUUAGGAAAAACACGUACAAAGCAGUGGACAAGGAAAUGGAACAAGCUAAAGCCGAUCCGUACCCGGAGAUGUCGGAAAUCGCAACGGAUGUUUACGUGAAACCAUUGGAAAAAACGCGCGGCAAAGCACCUUGGGAAAC